AUGGCACAGGGAGCGCCUUUAGCUUGUAGCCGUUGUAGAGAACGUUUUUGGACUUAUGAAGGCCUUGAGCGUCAUUUACUCAUGUCCCACCACUUAGUAACUUCUGAUUUGCUAGCGAAAGCACAAUCAAAAACCGAUGGUUGUCGUUGCAAAUUAUGCGGGAAGGUAAUUUAA